GCUGCGCAGUGAGGAUUGCUUUUGGGGUGGGCGAUUGUGCUUGUUAGAUUAGCGGGCGAGGUUUAAAACAAAACGUUCGUGCUGUCGUUUGCAGGCGUAAGUUUAAUAAAUCAUCCUUUCAAGAUCUGUCGAUUUAUUUUAUCAGUAGACGUUCACGCUAAUUUUAUAUAUUAAAAAUUGUAGUUUACGGCAGAAGUCAUCUAAAAAUAUUGAUUUUAUUGUUCUCCCGCAGAGAUUCUAGGUGGGGUUCAUUUUUAAGAGGUUUUUUUCUUUCUUCUCUCCAUCCCUUUGUCUUAGUUUUUGUGAACUCCUUGUUGCUGGAGUGGGAGUCAGGCUGAGUUUGGUUCUAUCCACUGGGAGGUGUUUAUUUUCCGCCUGAAGUGAUCAUUGUAUUCGUAUUCUUUUUCCGUCAAUAUAAAUGAAAACCAAAUUCUCCAGCGCAGUGGACAGUCUAGGGAUGGGGCUGCUAAUUGCACAGAAUGUGAUCCGCGUUCAGCAUGAAGAGGACAUCGAGUGUAAAGCUGGAAGACAAGACGCACCCGACCCUCAAACCAAACAUAAAGCUUAUCUUUGGUGCAAAGAAUUUCUUCGAGGUGCUUGGAAAACACUGUCUGAAGACGAAUUUCAAAUUCGCAUCAUCAGGGGUGGCCUUAGUAAUCUGCUUUUUCAAUGCUCAUUGCCUGAUACUAAAAGCUGUGUAAAGGAUGAACCACGGUGUGUUCUCCUUCGACUGUAUGGUGCAAUUCUUCAGAUGACGUGUAAUAAAGGAGAGUCCAAACAGACUAACCAGGACAGAUUUGAUAUUCGGGGAGCAGAUGCCAUGGUAUUGGAAAGUGUUAUGUUUGCUAUCUUGGCAGAACGAUCACUUGGUCCGAAGCUAUAUGGAAUCUUUCCUCAGGGUCGUUUGGAACAAUUCAUUGCUAGUCGGAAAUUGGAGACCACCGAAUUAGCAAUUCCAAGUAUUUCAGCAGAAAUCGCAAAAAAGCUGGCCACCUUUCAUAGAAUGACUAUGCCAUUUAACAAAGAACCAACAUGGUUGUUCCAUACUAUGGAGAAGUACUUAGAGCAAGUGAUGCGAAUCAGCUUUACAAGAGAGUCUCAUGUUAGAACAUUUCAUAAACUUCUCAGUUACAACCUUCCACAGGAAAUGGAGAAGCUAAGGUCCUUGCUUGAAGCAACUCCUUCACCAAUUGUUUUCUGUCAUAAUGACUGUCAGGAGGGUAAUCUCCUGCUAUUGGAAAACACUGAAAACACUGAUCAGAAACUGAUGCUCAUUGACUUUGAAUACAGCAGCUACAACUUCAGAGGGUUUGAUUUUGGAAAUCACUUCUGUGAAUGGAUGUAUGACUACAACUGUGACGAGUAUCCAUUUUUCAAAGCUGACAUCAAUAAGUACCCCACCAAAGUGCAACAGCUGCAUUUCAUCAGAGUUUACAAUGCUGAAAUCCAGGAUGAAUUUGAUGACUUAAACAACAAUCAGAUAGCAAAAAUGGAAGACCAAAUGCUAGAAGAAAUAAACAGAUAUGCACUUGCUUCACAUUUCUUUUGGGGUCUGUGGUCCAUUAUUCAGGCUCGGAUAUCAGCAAUUGAAUUUGGAUAUCUGGAUUAUGCAUUGGCAAGAUUUGAAGCAUACUUUGAACAGAAGAAGCAGCUCGAUGUUUGAUUAGUCAACAUGCGGGAGGAGUCAGUGAAGUAAAUGUGAAGUAAAGACGAAGACACGAAAACAUUGAAGUGUCAGAGCCAACUAUGGAAAAUCACAGCAGUAUUCAGCAGAGAUAUGAACUGUGUGUGGAUUUAUUUCAUGCGGUAGAAGUUUAGAAAUUGGGAAUUUAGAAAUUUCUAAAGAAGGGUCGAGGCCCAAAAUGUCAGCCUUCCUGCUCCUCUGAUGCUGCUUGGCCUGCUGUGUUCAUCCAGCUCUAUACCUUGUUAUUUUAGAAAUUGAUGGUCUGUUUUUUUUAAAACAAAAAAUUACAGCCUGUUUACUGUUUCAGGACUUGCUUUAUGGAUAAAACUUUGAAAAAUGUAGUAAUGUAACAUUAAUCUGGUAUAAAGCUGCUAAUUAAUUCUCUGAAAUAAAUUAGUAUUAGGUAGAUAUUUAGUGAACAAUUAAGUUGUGUAUAUCAAAAUACAUCUCCAGCUGGAAGAUGUUCCUUACUUGUCAUUUUAAAAUGCUCUUAUUCUUGUUGGUGAAACAGCCUUUAGAUAAGUAACAGAAGAGUUGACUUAAACUCUGAAGUACUUGCCUACUAAAGGGCAGUUUAUACAUUGUUUUACAUAUAAUGUGAAAAUCAGUAAUGCUACUGAAGCCAAGUUUAAAUAUACAAUUCAGUAUAAGUCUGCUAUAUUAAUAAUCACACUAGUGUAAGAAUAUUGGGAUGAAGCUGUUCUGAAACAAAAAGACUAAUACCUGAGCCAGACAGGGUAGCAGACCCAAGACCCUUUUGAUGAUGGACCGGUUAGCAUGGCUGGCUGAUGGGACCUAAAGGGAUAAAACUAUCACUGGGGAGACUGGAAUCUUCCCAGUUAUUUUCAGAUAACCUUUGAAUAAGUUAUUCUAAGGAUAUACAACUAGGAUUGUUUUUCAACAAUCAGUGCUGGUAUCUGCACAUUAUUAGCAAAUUGAACUCCAGGAAUAUUGUUACACACUGAUAAUCUCUUUCUUAGCGGAUGCCAACCUGUGCCUAUAUUUGUUUUGAUCUUAUAUGGAGUUGCUAUGAUAAGGAGAAAAUGUGCACUCCACAUCUGGCAUAGAUAGGUAUAAUGUGCAUUUCUCAAUAGAUUAAUAUGGAGAUUUAAGUAUGAUGGUUUCUGACAUGUCAGAAAUCCAGCUGAUGUCCUAAACUAUGAUUAUUUUAUAACAUUGCAUUGGAUUUAUGAUAUAUUUUGUUUAUUGUAUGUCAUUAGGUAGUUAAGUCUCUGGGUUUGACAAAAUACAAGUGCAUUAGCGUUGUUCUCAUGCUGAAUAACAAAUAGAACAAGCAAGGUAAUAUGCUUUAUUUGGUAAUCAGUUGCAAGUUUUGAGCUUGUAUUAUUUGUAUGCAGCACUCAAAAUGAAUUAGCAUAAGUACUCUUCUGAAACAAAAACUGUCAAAGGUGGAAUUCAGCUUCUGCAACAAGAUGCACAACGGAAGAUUAAUUCUUCUUUAUAUAUCCUGCUUAACUUUCCUGUUCCAUUCAAGUCAAAGUAAGUUGAGCAGGAUACGUAAUGGACGGCCAAUUUUCUACCACAUGUCCAGUUCUCUUGCUGAAGCUGAAUUUUGGGUUCAGUAGUUCAUUUCCUAAACACUUCUUUUUUUCUGAACAGACCUGUUCCAACUUCAAUUUGUAAUUUUUAGUUUCCAGAAAAACUGCAUUGUGGAUUUAAAGUUGCUGUACGUGAGGUAGAAAACAGUGACCAAUAUUUAUUGAUGAUUUUUGUAUUGCAUAUUCUGUAACUCAAUUGAUGUGCACACAUGUAGGCAAAUAAGCCAAUACCUGAGCCAUUUGCUUUGUCUUGUUGAACAUGUAUAUUGUGUAAAUAAUGAUUGAGUUCUAAUAUUAAGACCAAAGCCAGAACUGUUUGGAAUGAGGUACUUUGCAAAUUUAGUUUCUGUUGAUAUUGACACUACUUUUUCCAAGUAUCUUCACAAUAUUAAGGCUGCCACUAACAUGCAAGCUAAUUUGUGCAAAUGCUUGUAUUUUUUCUGUAGGUGAUGCACAGUAAAUUGCUUGGCUUUGAUUCAUCAUAGCAGUUACCAUGUCUGAUCCCAGUAAGGCAGUUAAAAGCCAGUGUCCACUAAAGUUCAAAUUCCUAUUGUAACAACUAUGUUUAAAGUCUUGUACAAAGCUGGUUCCAAGCCCAAAAAAAGCUAAUAACAUGCAUGGAAAUGUACUAAAAUUUUACAUUGUGAGUAGCAGUGAUUUGAUUCUUGGUGCAAAGGUUGCACUAUUUCUGACAAUAACCAACAUUUAAUACAGUACUGGGAAGGUGCAUGGCUACGUUUUAACAGUGAUCUUUCUGUAAGACAGAGUAAUUGCACUUGUGGAAUUGCAGUAUAAACAAUCAGAAUCAUCCUUGUGUUGGGAAUUAAUUUCUUUACUGUAACAUGUGAUGGAUGCUUUUAAAUAUUAAUGCAGUGAUGUGGUGCAUUGUUAUGUUGAUGCCAAAUCAGUUGUAUUUUUGUAAAAUGUCACUGUGUAUGCACAGUUUAUGUACUGACAUAAAAUUUUUAUUAAAACUUUUUCCCUAGUGGCAUGAAGCAAUAA